AUGCCGAAGGAGCGAAACUACAACCCCGUCGCGGCACAGCGAAAGGCUGAUAAAGCCAAAGACAUCAGAAAGGGAAAGGCGGAAGCGACGGCAGCACGCAAUGAGCGGUUGGCAAAGAAGAACCCCGAAAGAAUUCGGAAGCAGAUCGAAGACUAUAAUAAAAUAACAGGCGGCGGUGGAAAGCUGACAAGUCACGAUACACAAGUGCUGGAAGGCCUGGAAAAGGAACUGAAAGCGGUAACCAAAGCGCGGGAAGCGUUAGGAGAAAGGGCACCAACGUUUGGUCGGACUGGCGGGGGUCCAGAUCGUGGACACGGCCAUGGAGAUGUGCUAGGGAAGAGGAGAAGAUACGAUGGCGAAGAGAGCAGUACCGACGACGAUGUGCCAGAAGACGUGCGAAGCAUCCCCCUGCCCCGCGACACACCGCCCCCGAUUCCGAAGGAAAUCCUCGACAAAUGGUAUGCCAAGCGGCGGGCAAAGCGGAAUGCAAACAAGGAGCCUCUAGGCGAGAGCCGCGGAAAGGGUCGAGGCAAUGGCCAUGAUGAGACAGGCCAGGAAGCGGCGUCGGCCAACCCCCGUACUACGCUUGCCAAACCGCAAGCGAAGCCAGUCGAGGUCAAGGCUGUGUAUGAAGCAAAGCCGGUUCUCAGAGACCUGCACAAGGAAGCUGUGACUGCAUUUGUGCCUGCGGUAGUGCAACGAAAGCUCGACAAGAUACGCGGCAAAGGCGGAACUCUUCUAGAGCCGGAAGAAGCUGACCGGUUGGAAAAGGAGGGCUACUUACAUCCCUCUGGAUCUGCUCUAACGGCCAGCCAGGUAUCCUUCACUUUCAUCCUUCCUCUGUUUCCCAGCCUGCUCGAGUUCUAUCGCCAAAAGCCCACGCAGUUAUCUACCGUUUUCGACUAUCUAAAUGCGUACAAGGCAUCGUUUGCACGGCCUAUCGACUCUCGUUAUGAUGUUGUGCUGCUGGGCGGCGCACUAGGGAGCCUGUUUUCAAUUCUGCAGGCCAUUGCCUCCCCUGUCAUCGGGCAUCUUUCCGACCGCCAUGGCAGGCGCACGGCACUGCUAGCUAGCAUGGCUGGCAACAUCAUGUCGGUCUUGUUGUGGGUUAUGGCUGUCGACUUCCGCACGUUCGUACUGUCACGCGUUGUCGGUGGCUUAUCCGAGGGCAACGUGCAGAUGGCCAUGGCUAUCGCGACCGACAUAUCAGACGAUGCCAGCCGCGGCUCGACCAUGGCUCUCAUCGGAGUAUGCUUUUCCGUGGCUUUCACAUUUGGGCCUGCACUCGGCGCUUGGCUGAGUUCUAUCGAUACAUUCAAAGCAAACCCGUUCGCUAUCGCCGCUGGCUUCUCCCUAUGUCUGAUCGUCACUGAGACCGUCUACCUUUACAACUAUCUGCCGGAGACGCUGCCGGACAAGACCGAGAAAGCAGCAGACAAAAAGUUAGCGGGCAAUGAUGAGAGCGAAAAGGACGGCAAGUGGGCAGAGCAGAAGUCGCCGAGUCCGACUGUCACACGUACCAACUCCCAUUUUGUGCUCAACCUGGUUCAUUUUGCCUUUCUUCUUUUCUUUUCCGGCAUGGAGUUCUCACUGCCAUUCAUGACGUUUGAUCUGUUCGGCUACGGGUCAGCUAAGAACGGCCGCCUGCUCGGUUUUGUAGGGUUGGUGGCCUCGGUACUUCAGGGUGGCGUCACACGACGCCUACCUCCCCUGCUAUCCAUACGCAUCGGAGUGCUUUCUUGUCUAGCCGCUUUCUUAUUGCUGGGCAGUCUCACUACGACUGUGAUCCUUUACCUGGCCGCUGCGUGUCUUGCUGCCACAUCUGCCACCGUCGUCACUGGCCUCAAUGCUCUCAGUAGCUUCGAGGCUCAUUCUAGCGAACGAGGCAGCAAGCUCGGUGCCUUGCGUUCAUGGGGCCAGGUAGGACGGGCUCUUGGACCAAUCCUCUUUACUACUGUAUACUGGUGGGCCGGUCGUACAGUUGCCUAUGGUGCAGGCGCCAUUGGAAUUACUGCUGUCGGCGCUCUGGUCUUCUUUGCACUCAAGUCACCUACACAAUCCCAGGACCCCAGGAAAAAGACGCAAUAG